CACUCUUGCUCUAAAAGAUUUUUGUUAUAAGUGAAACCGUUUCGCGACGUUUGGGGAUAUUGUCCAGCCCACCUCCUUUCUUGUUCGAAGAAGGUCCAGUGGCAGUAAAUAUGAUUAUCUUGUGAAGUCGAUAAAUAGUUUAUUAAAUUUAGAAUAAAUGGAUAAUUGAAAAGUUUGUUAAUUGUACGAAUUCCAAUCAAAUUACUGCAGACAGUCAGUUCAAAUCGAUGUCAGAUUAUAGCAAGUUCUAAUUCACUCUGAUCAUAAAACUAUCAUCUAAUUCAUGAGAAACUUUUGCACACGAUGGCACCCUUGAUCAACGACGUACAGAUGCUUAUCAGAACCUACUCUGAGACUUUUCGGGUAUCGGAGCUUUAAUGGUAUGGGUGUGUGAGUCUGGGUAUGGAUAUAAGCGUGAAUGAAGAACACUAACAUCCACACCCACACACCGAUCGAAGAUUGUUUGAAUAAAAUAUUCUAUGAAUUAUAUAAGCUUCAAACAAUCAUAUACUAAACAAUUCAUUGUAUUCUGUGUUUCAUCUGUCUGUAAUAAUCAUAAUAUGGCAAUUAUUGAAGAACAAAUUUGUGUACCAAAGACUGGAGUUAAUCGUUGUCUAAGAUCACUUUCUUUAUUGACAAUGAAAAACAGUAUUUCAUCUCAAUCUUCUUUAUUUAUACGACAUGUCAAGAAAUUUUCUUGUUCAUCUCGUCAUCGAUCAUCUCGAAUUCAAGUGAAUGGUUUUUGUUUUUGAUCAUAAUAUCAUUCAUAAUUUUAAUAUAGCCUCAUCAUUCAUCAGAAAAAGAAAAUAAUUCAAAACGCAUGAUUCAUGUUACAAUUCGAUUAUUAAUAAAUAGUGUGCAUCCAAUAAAGAACAAAUUAAAUGACACGAAGAAUAAAUUAAAUUUAGUCAGUUUCUUGCAAAUUUCAAUUUUUCUUUCGUUGAUAUUCAUUAGUGUUGAUAUAGAGUUCGUCUAUCUUAGCUGCUCGAUCUCGUCGAAUUCAAUCGAUAAAAUCUAUUGACAAUCAAUAUUUUAUUGAUUCAAUUAAGAUUGAAACACAUUCAUUUCAUAGUAAUGAAUAUGAACAACAAAGUCAUUCUCUAAAACAGGUCAAAUAAAGAUAUUACAUACAUGAGUUUAACUGGAUAUAGUGUUUCAUGUUCUGGAUCAUUUCAAUCUCUUUCUAAUAUUUAUUAUUUCGGAAGACAGCAUAUAUUAAAAGAUCUUUGAAAGAUAGAAUCUCAUACAGAUAAUUCUUUCUAAUCUUAUACCAAAAUCAAUGCUAAAAGUCUUUUCCAAUAGUCUCACUCUAUAUAUUUCUUAUGUCAGUUAUCUGGUGGUUUACUCAAAAACGAAUUUUUGCAUGAAGAUUCAACAGAACAAAAUAGUUGCUCGUCGAAAACAGGUCAUGGAGCAACCAAGUACCAAAAAUAUAAUGACAAAACAUCGGCAGUUACUGAAAAAUAUUCAUUAGAAAGACAGAACCAUUCUCAGUUUUCGGUAAUCUGACACUUAAAUUGAAUAGUUAUGAUAAUUUCACGUUUUAGAAUUUAUUCAAUAAUGACUUCAGUCGAAUAGGUACACGCAGUGAUUCUGUGGUAAGUCGUGUCACUUUGUUCUAUUUUUUUAAACUCUCAAUCUCUGUAUGAGAAAGAAAAAGAUGUUUUUUUUUACUUCUGUCAAGGAAGCUCUAUAAAUGAACCUAAUAAAAAAUAAAAGAAAAAUGGAAAGUAAUCUAAGUUUGUUUUUUUUUUGUUUGAUUUCUGUCUCAUUUUGUACAGAUGUCUUGGCGGUUAUUGCUGUUGUUGUUCAUGCACACCUGUCUGUAUAUUAUUGUCAUUACUUGCUGCUCUCUUAAUCGGUGCUAGUAUUGCCACAUUACUAAUUGCUUUAAUUAAGCCUUCAACUACAUCAACUAUUUCUACAUCAACAACAUCAACAACUACAUUACGUAUGAUUUCAAGACAUUUUCGACACUCGAAUCAUUCUAACCUACACAGAUAAAAUAUCUAUAUAUUAAAUAUAUGAUCAACUUCCAGUUAUUUGAAUGUCACUGAAGAGAAUAAAAAGAAGUCGCUUCUAAUUAGAAAUUCAUGCUUUUUUCCAAAUCUAAAUUUAGGUUUUUCUUCCAUCUUAAGGUAGUGAACUGUAAGUAAAGAAUCCAAUGACCUCUAAAACAAACUUUCUGUCAGAAUUUGUUCUUUGUCUUAGUAUAUGUAUUUUAAUUUAAACUUCUGUAGUUUAAGUUAUGAAAAGUUUUACGUAUCGGUUCCUAGAAGAAAAAAAUUCUUUCGUUUUCUUCCAUGCUGUAGAAGAGUUCGAAAAACAUAUGUAGCUAUAAAGUGUUUUGAAAUCUACUACUUUAUUAUAACUCUUGAUGUAAUAGUUUCGACUUUGCAAUAAAUAACCUCAAGUUUGAUGAACUUGUAGCUACAACUACUUCUACAAGUUCAACGUCAACAACAACUCCACGACCAAUUGUUUCAAUAACAAGAUCAGAUGAUGCUAUCGUGAGUUUAUAUAAUACUGCAGUCGAUGGAUCCACGGGUGCUUCUAACGGCAGAUAUUCGAUCCUUGCUGAAGAGCCGCCAGCAGCUAUUGAUGGCUCAUUAAGUACGAAAUAUCUUAAUUUUGAAUUUCAAGGUACCACUGGUGCCGUUCUAAAUAGUCCUGGAGUAAAUACUGGCUUUUAUGUAACACCUACCAUAAGUAAUGAUUCGGUGGCUGUUGCUCUUCUCUUUGCAACUGCAAACGAUUAUCCAAGUCGUGAUCCAAUUACAGUAACUCUUGAAGAAACAAAUGCAACACGUGUUGGAGCACUUGAUCUUGUUUAUAUUUUAAUGGCGGUACCCAUAAUGGCAAUAUCUCCGGGUACUGUAAUCAAUGGGUUAAUCGAAGGAUUUUAUUGGUCGAAUUCGGAUGCAGUUCAAGGUCAGGCCAAUUUCUAUUCGAAACAACAACGUGAUAAUUUGAUUUCCCUGAUGGGUAAUGGUUUAAAUUAUUAUAUUUUCUGUCCUCAUGAAACUGCAAAUGAUGCAUUCACAAUGACUCUAUGGAAUGCACAGCAAAUUCUAGAAUGGUCUGAUACUAUUUCUAAGGCUUCGAAUAUUUCAAUUGUCUUCGGAUUACGACCGGGAUGGAUUGAUAAUGUUCAAACAUCAUUGCAAAAAAUUCAAUUGAAGUUAAAACAAUUAGCUUCAGUUGGCAUUCGUUACUACAUUUUAUGCUGGGAUGAUUCACCUGGUGCUGGUACAAAUGCGCAAAUGAAAUUACAAAGAGAUCUUAUAAAAGCCCUUGUUAAUCAAGUGACAAACAUUGAGCUAAUUGGUAUUAUUCCUGCUUAUUACUCUCGAUCCCAAAUAUCUAGCUCUACAAAUAUUGAUUGGGGCAAACAACUUGCUAUUUUAAAUGAAAUUCCAUCGAGCAUUCGAUUUUUUGUUACUGGAUCAGAAGUUAAUCCAUCAUCCAUCCAAAUAUCCGAUAUUCCAUCUUUGAAUAAUCGUCAAUUUAUUUUCUUUGAUAAUUGGAUAGCAGUUGAUUCAAAUUCCAGAGUGACUAUGACCUGGCCACCGAAUCGUGAUCCCAAUAUCUAUCAUGCUUCCAAAUCCAUUUCUGGUUCAGUUUUAAACCUAGCAUUUCCACCAGAGAGAAUAAUUCAUCAGAUUUAUGCCUUGAAGCAAAGAAUUAAUAAUCAAUAUGCUAACAUACAAGCAGAUUUAGCAGCUGGAUAUUGGGCAAAGUAUCUAGUAGCAAAGAAUUUCUACAAUUCCAAUUCAUUAGAACAACUGAAAACAGAUUUGACAGGAUUAAUCAACGAUGGCCUCGAAACAAAUGAAGAGAUUAUUCAACAGUAUCCGUUUCUUAGUACAAUAUUUAUAAAUUAA